AUGUCGAAGAUCAAAACAGUGAAAAAAAAAUCGCGACAUCGAAUGAGUGUGGAUGAGUACAACGAAUUGUGUCGUGAGUCAGACAACUUAAUCAACAUCGCUGAACGUCAACUCAUCACCACAAUGGGAAUGACAGGUGAGGAUAAACUUAUUAGUGCAUUCGAAUGGCAUAACAAGUGUCAACAUAACAAAAAUAUUUUGCAAUCAUUUUUAAGAAAUUCUGAUUCUUUGCCUUAUCAGAAAUCAAGAUGUUUAAACCUAACUCAAAAGUUGGAAUACUUGUUAUGCAAUUUUAAUGCUUUAAUGAAACGUGGUGCAGGUGUACAAAUGGAGAAUGAAAGAAUGAAGUGGGUUGAUUUUGAUAAGGCAUUUGAUGGUCGUUUACAGACUAGUGCUAUUUUAAAUAUUGACUACAUUGACGUUAACGAGUUUCUUGAUGAUGCCUUUGUUUUGUUUGAAUUUAACAUACGAAAAGCUUUAGAAAAAUAUGGGCCGCUAAAAGUGUAUACUGUGUUGGGCGCGAAGUUUAUAAAAGAGUCGAUAAACGGAAAGGAAGAAAUGUCUGAUCUUAAGACAUUUAUCGCGAAAACGGGUGAAAUAUUUGUAACAACCCACUUAGAUGAGUGGUACAAUGUUAAUGUUAAACAAAUAACUUUGAGAAGAAUGGAAGAAUUCCAACAGAAAGAAUCGAAUUGGAGACUUCAUUCUAUUCAAAGAUUAGAGGUUAACAUUAACAGUUAUAAUCCCAUGCAUGCUGGUUCAUAUAUCGAUUUACCACCUUCCAUUAAAACAAAACACUCUUGCAUUAAUGUUCAGAAUGCUGAUCAGCAAUGCUUUAAAUGGUCAAUUUUGUCAGCUUUACAUCCAGUUGAAAAUCAUGCAGACCGAGUUUCAAAAUAUAAGUGUUAUGAAGAUGAGCUUAAUUUCACUGGAAUUCAGUUUCCUGUUGCUCUCAAAGAUGUUUCAAAAUUUGAGGUACAGAACAACAUUUCAGUGAAUGUGUAUGGACUCAUCAAGAGAGAUGAAAAGUUUACGGUUGCUCCAUUACAUUUGUCAUUGCAAAAGAAGGUUAUUCAUGUAAAUCUUCUUCGAGUUGAAGACCACUACAUUGAUGAAAGUUUUAAGAGUGAGGAGGAAGAGGAGGAGGACGAUCAAAAAAUCAUCUCUUUCAACUACCAUUAUGUGUACAUUAAAGAUUUAUCCAGACUUGUCAGCACUCAAUUGUCAGGUCAUAGGGGUAAAAAGCACAUCUGUGAUCGUUGCCUGCAUUAUUUUAGAGAAGAACUUAAACUAACUUACCAUGAAGAGAUCUGUCAAAAGAUGAACGUUACGAGUAUUAAGCUUCCUGAACCAGGGAAAAAUUUCGUUGAAUUUAAAAAUUACCAAAACAAGGAACGUGUGCCAUUCAUCAUUUAUGCAGACUGUGAAAGUAUCCUGAUUCCUGCGGAAGCACCACAGCAACCUAGUAAUACUGAGAUUUUUCAAAAUCACAAAACUCUCAGUAUUGGCUAUUAUUUAAAGUGUGGUUUUGACAACUCCUUGUCCAUAUAUAAAGCAUCUCCAAGAGAUGAAGAAAAUCCGGCUAAAUGGUUUUCAACUGAAUUAAAGAAUGUGGCUGACAAUCUUGACAAUUUAUUUAAGAAUCCUGUACCAAUGGAAGUGUUAAGUCGACAGCAACUAGAUGAUUUUAGAUAUGCCAGUAAAUGUCAUAUUUGUAGGAAUAAAAUCAAGCCUGGGGAUGUAAAAGUACGAGACCACUGUCAUCUAACAGGGAAGUAUCGAGGACCCGCGCAUCAAGAUUGCAAUAUUAAUUAUCAUGAAUCGCAAAUAAUACCUGUCGUUUUUCAUAACCUUAGCGGGUAUGACGCACAUUUUAUUAUCGAAGCUAUUGCUACAGAAUUUGAGGGUGAUGUUUGUUUGCUUCCUAUUAACAAAGAAAAGUAUAUCGGUUUCACCAAAUAUGUGAAAGGUAGUUACAUCAAGUUCCGCUUUAUCGAUUCUUUUAAAUUCAUGGCAUCAUCAUUGGACAAGUUAGCAUCCUACCUCGACGAAUAUGAAAUUGUAAACACAGUUUUUUCUAAUUACAGUGCUGAUAAAAUCAAAUUGUUAACGCGAAAAGGAGUUUUUCCUUACGAGUAUAUUGACUCAAAGGAAAAACUUGAUGAAAUUGAGUUACCACCAAAAGAAAAAUUUUAUAGCACUUUAAACGACUCAAAUGUCUCUGAUGAGGAUUAUGCACAUGCGAAAAAUGUGUGGACUGAGUUUGAUUGUCAAAAUUUGGGUGAUUAUGUGUACCUGUAUAUGCAAACCGAUAUUUUGUUACUCGCGGACAUUUUUGAAAAUUUUAGAAAUCAAUGUUUAAUCGCGUACGGUCUCGAUCCAGCUCAUUACUAUACGACACCGGGAUUGACAUGGGAUGCCAUGUUAAAGUAUACGAAUAUAAGAUUAGAGCUCCUCACUGACAUCGAUAUGGUAAUGUUUGUCGAACGCGGAAUUAGAGGUGGAGUAAGUCAAUGCACCAAUCGGUAUGCUAAAGCUAAUAAUCAUUAUAUGAAGGAAUAUAAUGAAAGUGAGGGGACAUCUUAUAUCGUAUACUUUGAUGCAAAUAACCUCUACGGUUGGGCAAUGAUCCAGUCACUUCCCUAUGGUGGCUUCGAGUGGAUAGAAAAUUUUGACAAUAGCUUUGAUUUCAACGUCUCUGAUGACGAUGCGAUUGGCUAUAUUUUAGAAGUUGAUUUGGAUUACCCUGAUGAUUUGCAUGAUAAGCAUAGUGAUUUUCCUUUUUGCCCUGAACGCUCGAAGCCACCUGGAUCUAAAGUGGAAAAGCUCCUAACUACCCUCCUACCAAAGAGAAAGCACGUUUUCCAUUAUCGCGCGUUAAAACAAGCUUUGGCGAAUGGUCUUGUAUUAGUAAAAAUUCAUCGUGUAUUGAAAUUUAAACAAUCCACGUGGUUAAAAUCAUAUAUUGAUUUUAAUACGACUCGAAGAACAAGUGCAAGCAAUGAAUUUGAAAAGAAUUUAUUUAAAUUAAUGAACAACGCGGUAUUUGGUAAGACAAUGGAGAACGUGCGAAAACAUGUCGAUAUUAAACUCGUUACAAAGUGGGAGGGUAGAUAUGGAGCUGAAGCUUUAAUCGCGAAACCUAACUUCCACAGCAGAACCAUUUUUAAUCCGAAUUUGGUUGCCGUGGAACUUAGAAAAAUGGAGGUAUUAUUAAACAAGCCACUUUAUGUGGGUUUAACUGUCUUGGAUGUUUCAAAAACGUUGAUCUAUGAUUUCCAUUAUGAUUACAUGUUAAAAAAAUAUGACGCGAAAAAUUUAAAACUAUUGUACACCGACACUGAUAGCCUCAUCUACGAAAUCAGAUGCUCCGACAUUUAUGCAGACAUGAAAGCAGAUAUUGAUAAAUUCGAUACGUCAGAUUAUCCGGUUAAUAACGUGUACGGUAUUCCGCAAGCCAACAAAAAAGUUUUAGGAUUGAUGAAAGAUGAGUGCAGUGGAAAAAUCGUGACCGAAUUUGUUGGCUUGCGGAGCAAGAUGUACAGUGUGCGAGUUGAAAACAAAGAUCUUAUAAAAAAAGCUAAAGGUGUGAAAGCUGUAGUUGUUAAGAAGGACAUAGACUUUGAUGAUUAUGUGUAUUGUUUAAAAAAUGUAAAAAUUCAAUCUAGAACACAAUAUUGUAUCAGAUCAAACCUUCACAAUGUUCAUACUUUAAAACAAACAAAAAUUGCUCUGAGUCCUUUCGAUGAUAAAAGAUUUUUGUUAGCCAACAGCACCGACACCCUAGCAUGGGGGCAUUGUAAAAUUGCAGAAAUUAUGGAAGUUGAUGAAGCAUUGUAA